AUGGAUGCAUUGCAGACUGCAAAAGCUUCUUCGAAAGUCUCCGAAAAUAACUCCAUCAACUUGCGUCAUCGCUUUGUUCGGUCACAUUAUGGUUGUGUACCCAUCCAGCUUCUGCAGUUUUUAAACUCUGCAUCUCAAAAGCCAUUGAAGAGAUUAAUUCCAAUCGGAAUGUCACAGAAGGUUGGCGUUUUGGACGUCACUUCGGCAGACUUCGAUGUAGAUGCUUAUUUGAGCUCACAGCUCAAAGAGAAGAAUCUUGAUGAACUUGUCAAGGAAGAGGAGGAGAUGGUGUCAUCGGUUCGCCGCCUCGAUUCCGAUGUUCAUCAGUUAGUCUAUGAGAAUUAUAACAAAUUCUUGACGGCGACGAGCACUGUCAGGAAAAUCCAAGAUGAAUUUAAUCUUCUGGACAGUGAAAUGGAAUCCUUGAGUAGAAACAUGAAGAAUAUAUCUAGUCUGAUUGGCGAAUUAAGCGGUGUUCUUGGAGGUGGGCGAGAAGGUGUGGCACAACUAGGAAGCUCUUACAAAGUUGUGAAGAGCUUGCAGUCAAUCUUUGAGCUGCCUAAUAUUCUCCAGGCAUCUUUCGAUGAGGGCAAGUACAGCGAUGUCGUGAGAGUUUAUCUUUUAGCCCAGAAAGGUUUAGGCAAAUAUUCGGAUAUCAAAAAUAUUUCGGAAAUUCAGAAGAAAACUGAUCAGAUCAUUGCUGAGACGGAAAAACAGCUGACAAAGUUGAUAAGUCGCUCUACCGAGGAUGUAGAAGGUGUCGUUGAGGCGACUGGACUACUCAUAAAGUUAGGAAAAACUCCACAUGAGCUCGAAAAGCUCCUGCUAAAAUCAUCCGAAUCUUCUCUGCAAACCGAUUUGCAACAGCUUCAAAGCAAUCCUGUAGAUGUCUUGGAUCUAGUUGACAAAGGAUGUGAGUCGUUCAUACCAAAUCUCACCCUUCUCGCUAAUCUUCAUGAGCGUCUAUUCCCAAACGAUUCCGACCUCUUACUAAAAAUGCUACAGUCUCAGCUCGCUGAUUUUCAUGAGAUAGUGUCCAAAUUGUUUCUUGCAUCGUCCGAUCCCAAGGAUCUCUACAGUUGUUCGUGCUCUUGGUCGAUACUUAUAGAAAAAUGUCUACCUGUAAGCAGGUUGUUCAAGGUGAGUUCGUUCGAC